UGACAUAAACCUAAGACUCCGUUCACGGAUGCCUCGGCAGAUUAAUUUUUAGCUGGCGAAUUUUUAGCCUGUGGCGGUCUUAAACGCACCCUAGAGUAAUGACAAGCAUCCGAGACUGUCACAUAUAUCAAUCUCGAAUCUAAAUCAUAUUAAGUAUUCUUUGAUCUAAACAUUGUGUAAAUUACAGUAUUAUAUGUAUACUAAUCUAAACCAAGAUCAACUUUCAUUAGAAAAAUAUUAGCAGGUCAUAGUAAUUAGUGCAGAUUGCAGAGAUAAGCUGAGAUAGUACACUAUUUACGUCAUAAGAAGACAAAAACAUGUCCCGUCAGUGCUUUUUGAGAUGUUUGUUGGAUUCACACUCGCCUAUAAGGCUGCCGCACAACGUCGAAAUCGUUGUCGGCCGUAGCAGAAUUACUAAAAUCAAGGACCCGUCUUGUUCUCGGCAGCAGUUAAGUUUCAAAGCUGAUUGUGACAAUUGCACAGUUGAAGUCAAACAACUAGGAGUAAAUCCUUCCGGUCUCAAUGGCUUCGCUCUAACAAAAUGUGGUACUCUGAAAGUGAAUCAUGGUACUCGCAUUGAAAUAUUGUUAAAUCAUUACAUUCAUGUGAUUGAAUUUGAUCCGCCGCCUGAGGACAAUGAUCUACCCACAACAAAGAGAAAAUUAGAAGAUGUAAUUUCUCCAAUUAAAAAUAAAAUCUCAAAAUUGACAUCAGAUAGCACCCAUAGCACACAAGAAACAGAAAAUUCUAUAGAUGGUGUUGCCAUUUCUUCAUGGGAUGAAAUAGACAAGGGAGAGCUGUAUGUUUUCACUAUGAAGGGCACAAAACCUAGUAAGAAAAUAGCAGCUUUCGACAUGGAUGGUACACUGAUCACAACCAAGUCUGGUAAAGUUUAUCCUGUCGAUACUCAUGACUGGAAAAUUAUAUUUCCUAAUGUUACACAAAAAUUGAAAGAACUACUCACAUAUGGGUUCAAAAUUGUCAUUCUAAGUAAUCAAGCUCCUAUAGGAAAUGGGCGGGUGAAAAUAGAAGAUUUCAAGAUAAAAAUUGAAAAUGUGGUCUCAAAGAUAGACGUACCCAUUGAAGUUUACAUUGCUACUGGAAAAGGCAUUUAUAGGAAACCUGCUACUGGGAUGUGGAAAGUUUUAGCUGAACAGAAAAACGGAGGACUGGAGAUAAAUAUGAACGAAAGUUUUUAUUGCGGCGACGCAGCCGGCAGACUCGCUAAAUGGGCACCAGGGAAGAAAAAAGACCACUCUAUGGCUGACAAAUUACUGGCUGAAAAUUUAGGACUCAAGUUUUACACACCAGAACAAUUCUUCCUUGGACAUUCUGGGACUAAUAUUCCAAUGGCUAAACCAGAUUUUGUGCCUAAAGAACUGAAAUCCGAGCCAUUUAAUGAAAAUUUAAUAAGUGCUGUAAAGGAGAUUCUUGUACUAGUGGGAUAUCCAGGCAGUGGCAAAUCGUUUUUGGCGAAUCAAAUAGAGAAGAAAUCUGCACAAAGAUAUGUGGCAGUCUGUAGAGAUAUAUUGGGCACUUGGCAAAAAUGUGCAGCUAAAGCUACAGAAUUAGUUAAGCUAGGAAAAAGCGUCAUAGUCGACAGUACAAAUCCAGACAGAGAGUCUCGAGCUCGAUGGACAUCUCUGGCCAAAGAUUUAAAAGUACAAUGCCGUUGCGUCAAGUUGACGACGACUAAGGCCCACGCGCAACACAAUAACAGAUUCCGGGAAUUAAUGAAAAUUAAACACGUUCCUGUUAACGAUAUUAUAUUUCAUACUUAUAAAAACAAAUUCAAUGAACCAGCACCAUGCGAAGGCUUCAAAGAAGUUAUAGAAGUGAAAUUCAAUCCAAGUUUUGAAGACGAAGAUACAGAAAAGAUGUACAGAAUGCAUUUGUUAGAAAAAUAAAUAGAGGUAUUUAUAAAAUAAACAUAC